AUUGAUUCAGUUGGCGCUCGACGUUCAAGCGAUCAAGUCGUUUUGUGAUCAAAAAAAUAUAUAAAAAGAAUUGAAAAAGACCCCCGGCACAAAGCCCCCCGAAGACUGAAAGUAACUCGUGUGUGUGCAUCGCUGGCUAGGAUUUCGAAAUUGUCAUCAAGAGUUUUAUAAAUACACCUGCGUCACACCAAAGUGCAAUUAAUUCGUCGUUUAUUUUCGAUUGAGGAAAGAGUUUUCACCGAAGCAGAAUUUUUCCAUUGGCCCGGAUACCAUCAGUAGCCUGCAGGUAUGGCUGAAGCCCAUGCCGCCGUCGCCUUCUCCUUUGCCAUCACCCACGAGGGCUUCGACAUCAACUAUGACCACGAGGUGCUCAACUUGGUGUGGAACUCGGGUGUGCGCUCCUGGAAAAAGCGUGUGGCCCGCGCACGGAACGGCGUGCGCAAUGGUGUCUAUCCGGCCCACAUUCAGAGCCUUUGGCUGAUUACGGCCAUUGCCCUGGGCCUGCACUUCGCCGGCUAUCAGGCACCCUUCAAUCUCACCAACCGGAUACUGGAACACCUGCCCUCCAACACGGUCAACUGGCAGGUGACCGCCUCUUUCCUGGCCGCCUUGGUGGUCUGGCUCUCCAUUUGCUUCACCAUGCGGUACACCCUGAAGCUCCUGCUUAUGUACAAGGGCUGGAUGUACGAGUCCAGAGCUCCCGGAAGCCGUGUCUCGUUGCCCACUAUGUUGUGGGUGGCCGUGGUGCGGGUACUCUCCAGCUGGAACAAGCCAGGAUUGUACAGUUUCCAGGGCUCCCUGCCUAGACUGCCACUGCCCUCGGUGAAGGACACGAUGUCGCGGUAUUUGCGCAGUGUCCGACCUCUUUUGGACGAUGAUAACUACACGCGAAUGGAGCGCCUGGCCAAGGAGUUCGAGCAGACCAUCGGCAAGAAGCUGCAGUGGUACCUCAUCCUCAAGAGCUGGUGGUCCACCAACUACGUGUCCGAUUGGUGGGAGGAGUACGUCUAUCUGCGCGGUCGCAGUCCCCUCUGCGUCAAUAGUAACUUCUAUGGCACGGAUGCUAUUUUCAUGAACCUCACCAGCAUCCAGGCGGCUCGUGCGGCCAACGUGGUAUCUCUUCUCCUUAACUUCCGGAAAUUAAUUGAACAUCAAGAACUUCAGCCAAUCAUGGUCCAGGGCAUGAUCCCCCUCUGCUCCUGGCAAUACGAGCGCACCUUCAACACUGCCCGUGUUCCUGGUCUGGAAACCGAUCGCAUUGUCCACUACCGUGACUCCAAUCACAUUGUUGUCCUCCACAAGGGUUGCUACUACAAGAUGCUCAUCUACUACAAGGGUCGCACCCUCCGUCCCUGUGAGCUGCAAGUUCAAAUCGAGGAGAUUCUGAAGGCAAAGGCCACUCCAUUGUCGGGUGAGGAGCACCUGGCUGCCCUGACCGCCUGGAACCGAUCCAAAUGGGCCGAGGCCCGCAACACCUUCUUCUCGAGGGGCGCCAAUCAUGUGUCCCUGCGCACCAUUGAGUCCGCCGCCUUUGUGCUCUCCCUGGACGACGAACCCUUCGAGUUCGACCUGGCCCGUCCAGAGCUGUUGGACAACUUUGGCAAGAAACUGCUCCACGGCAACGGCUACAAUCGUUGGUUCGACAAGUGCUUCACCGUAUGCGUGGGCACCAACGGACGCGUUGGCUUCAACGCCGAGCACACCUGGUCAGACGCUGCCAUUGCCUCUCACAUGUGGGAAAACCUGAUCAUCGAUGACCUCCAGUCGGAUGGGGCCGAUGCACCGGUUUUGGGCCAUCUAUGGGAAUAUAUAUUUGGUGAUGAUAUAUAUGGAUAUGACGAGUCUGGUAACACGAAGGGCACCCCUGAAUUCCAGCCUCCCACUCCAACUCGCCUCAACUGGGAUCUGACGCCCUGUCUGACCCAAAUCGAGGAGGCCACCAUCGACGUGACCAAGCUGAUCAACGAGGUCAACCUGCGCAUCCUGGUCCACCAGGAGUACGGCAAGGGCUUCAUGAAGAAGUGCCGCAUUUCCCCAGACGCCUAUAUCCAAAUGGCCCUGCAGUUGGCCUACUACCGCGAUGCGGGACGCUUCUCGCUGACCUAUGAGGCUUCCAUGACGCGUCUCUUCCGCGAAGGCCGAACGGAGACAGUGCGUCCCUGCACCAUUGAAUCAUCUGCCUGGGUUAAGGCUAUGCAGAAUCCAAACACUAGUAACGAUGAGCGUGUGAAGAUGAUGCAGGCUGCUUGUGAUCGCCACCAGCUGGGCUACCAGGAUGCCAUGUGCGGUCGUGGCAUUGAUAGGCAUCUCUUCUGCCUGUAUGUGGUGUCCAAGUACCUGGAGGUGGACUCUCCCUUCCUCAACGAGGUGCUCAGCGAACCCUGGCGCCUGUCCACUAGUCAGACCCCGCACGGCCAGACGCCGAAGAUGGACCUGAAGAAGCACCCGAACUGCAUCAGUGCCGGCGGUGGCUUCGGGCCAGUGGCUGAUGAUGGCUAUGGUGUGUCGUACAUCAUUGCCGGCGAGAACCUCAUCUUCUUCCACAUCUCGGCGAAGACAACGUGCCAGCAAACGGAUGUCCACCGAUUCUCCCAGAACAUCUCACAGGCUCUGGCCGAUAUCCGCACCAUGUUCGAACAGCAUAUGAAGGACCAUCCGAAGCCCGCCAAAAAACUCACAAACGGCUCCACAUAAUCCACAUAGUCCAUAUUAUUUAGUCCAUGUAGUCGAGAUUCUUGUUAGCAUUUGUUUUCCUCUUCUCUAGUUGAUCGUUUUAAACAAACAAACAAACAAACACAUCAUAUACAUCCGUCGAUUGUAAGUUCCAAAUUAAGUGCAAAAGUCGUUGAGAGAGUUAUGCAAAAACAAUGCAAUUUUUUAUAAAAACUAUUGUGACUUGGCUGAUUUUAAGAUGUAGUCGUUAGAAACUUUUGCACAAUAUUUGAUGUUUCUCAAGCAAUUAGUUUUUAAUCGAAGAAAUCGUGUAAGUUAAGUGCU